GACGGUAGGCUGGCGGGUGCGUUCGUUGGCUUACUCCUUUCUGGCUGUUGACGCGCCCGGGGAAGCAUCGCCGAAGGCUCUCGUUGCCCUGCCGUCAUGUCCAAGUCAGAGUCUCCCAAAGAGCCCGAACAGCUGCGGAAGCUCUUCAUUGGAGGGCUGAGCUUCGAAACAACCGACGAGAGCCUGAGGAGCCAUUUUGAGCAAUGGGGAACACUCACGGACUGCGUGGUAAUGAGAGAUCCAAACACCAAGCGAUCCAGGGGCUUUGGGUUUGUCACAUACGCCACUGUGGAGGAAGUGGAUGCCGCUAUGAAUGCAAGACCACACAAGGUGGAUGGAAGAGUUGUGGAACCUAAGAGAGCCGUGUCGAGAGAAGAUUCUCAGAGACCGGGUGCCCACUUAACUGUGAAAAAGAUCUUUGUUGGCGGUAUUAAAGAAGACACUGAAGAACAUCACCUGCGAGAUUAUUUUGAGCAGUAUGGAAAGAUCGAAGUGAUUGAGAUCAUGACUGACAGAGGCAGUGGAAAAAAGAGAGGGUUUGCUUUUGUCACAUUUGAUGACCACGACUCUGUGGACAAGAUUGUUAUUCAGAAAUACCAUACUGUGAAUGGCCACAACUGUGAAGUCAGAAAAGCCCUGUCAAAGCAGGAGAUGGCUAGUGCUUCAUCCAGCCAAAGAGGUCGAAGUGGUUCCGGAAACUUUGGUGGUGGUCGUGGAGGCGGUUUUGGUGGCAAUGACAAUUUUGGUCGAGGGGGGAACUUCAGUGGUCGUGGUGGCUUCGGUGGCAGCCGUGGUGGCGGUGGAUAUGGUGGCAGUGGGGAUGGCUAUAAUGGAUUUGGUAAUGAUGGUGGUUAUGGAGGAGGCGGCCCUGGUUACUCUGGAGGAAGCAGAGGCUAUGGAAGUGGUGGACAGGGUUAUGGAAACCAGGGCAGUGGCUAUGGCGGGAGUGGCAGCUAUGACAGCUAUAACAACGGAGGAGGCGGAGGCGGCUUUGGCGGUGGUAGUGGAAGCAAUUUUGGAGGUGGUGGAAGCUACAAUGAUUUUGGCAAUUAUAACAAUCAGUCUUCAAAUUUUGGACCAAUGAAGGGAGGAAACUUUGGAGGCAGAAGUUCUGGCCCUUAUGGUGGUGGUGGCCAGUAUUUUGCUAAACCACGAAACCAAGGUGGCUAUGGUGGUUCCAGCAGCAGCAGCAGCUAUGGCAGUGGCAGGAGGUUCUAAUUACAGCCAGGAAACAAAGCUUAGCAGGAGAGGAGAGCCAGAGAAGUGACAGGGAAGCUACAGGUUACAACAGAUUUGUGAACUCAGCCAAGCACAGUGGUGGCAGGGUCUAGCUGCUACAAAGAAGACAUGUUUUAGACAAUACUCAUGUGUAUGGGCAAAAAACUCCAGGACUGUAUUUGUGACUAAUUGUAUAACAGGUUAUUUUAGUUUCUGUUCUGUGGAAAGUGUAAAGCAUUCCAACAAAGGGUUUUACUGUAGACCUUUUUUCACCCAUGCUGUUGAUUGCUAAAUGUAAUAGUCUGAUCAUGACGCUGAAUAAAUGUGUCUUUUUUUUUUCUUUU